GGAUAAUGAUGUAUCUCAUACAGCUUCAUUCUCAACAGGAACUGACGGAGCCUCAUCAGAGAAGAAGCAUCCAAAGAUGGUUCUUCGUUCUCCUCCUGACGAAGACCUUUUGGAGUUAAUGGUGAGGAUAGCUGAAACACCGGAGGAAUGGGAGCGAAUACACACAGUACUAAAAGAGCUAGGAAUCGAGAAGCGACGCAGCCAAGAACAGCCGACUCAUCAAAACUCAACUACAGCCAACAACAGCCUCCUUCCGAUCACAGCCAACUCUUCUUCUUUCCACUCUCCUCCUCUCCCUCCUCCUUCUUCAACCCUUCCUCCUCCUCGUUUGCCCUUCACCUCUUCGUCAAGAUUAGAAGAAAAUAAGGCCAACAACAAUCGGUCGACAUUGCCAGAUCGGAUAGAGGAGUUUGUUGCGAAAAACAAUUCCACAAGAAAAGCUCGUGUCAGGAGUGUUGUUGGCACAAAGUUUCGGAAGAAAAAGAAAGGUGCUAGAAGAAAAGAGAAAGAAGAAUUUGGUGGGGAGGUGGGGAAAGUGGGAGGAGGAGGAGAAGGAAGGAGGAGGAGACAACAUCAUCGUCGUCGGAACAACGGAGUUUGGCCGAAACUUCAUCGUGCCAAAAAAAAUUCUAGACGAAUUGAGGCGAGAAGUACAAGGGAUGAAGAAGGAGAGAGAUGGAGAGAAGACGAACAACAAGAGGACGAGGAAAAGAAAGUGCGACAGAACGAAGAAGCAAGUGAAAAGGAGGAUGUGGGAGAGACAUACAACUGGAUGCAGUUGAUAAGGCUGAGACAUGAUAAAGUGGAUGAGGUGAACAGAAGGAGUAGUGCAGAUAUGUUAGCUGAUAGGAAUGAGGUAGAGAAGGAGGAUGAUUAUCGGGAGGAGGUGGAGGAGGAAGAGGAGGAGGAGGAGUUGGAGGAGAAGGUGGAGUUAGAAGACAACCAUGUGAGCUGGGUUCCUUCUAUGGAAUCGUCCUCUGUUAUGAGGGGUGCUACAUAUAAAACACAUACAGUUCCAGAAUCACAUCACUAUCAAAUCGAAGACAACAACCUACCAGCUGAUCCCAGCUGGCACCAGACGGCUGAUACAAGGUGGAAACAACAAUCAGCUGAGGACAAUUGGAGGAAUCAACAAUCAGCUGAUUCGAGUAGCAGUCAAACGUGGUCGGAGAAGGACAAAGUACGUCCUACCUUCGCCUAUCAUCGCGUCACGGCGAACCCGCGCGAGCGACAACGCGCGGCCACCGCUUACGUCGCGGUUUCUGUCGUUAAAAACAACGCGACUGUAUUGGACCAUUCACACCAAGACCACAAAGCGGCUGCGACGGUAGCCGCGCCUGCGCCAUGGAGUCACGCGCGACAUCUACAUCGGAUACAGGAGCAGCUAAAAUCGCUCUCGAUGAGUAAUGCGAAACUCAGACAUCACUGGUACGAGAAAGAGGAGCUACAACCUCAAAUUUCCGACGAGGAUAAUCAACAAAACGAUCCAACAUCGUAGGAUACUGUCAAGCAGGUUCCUUUUGAUUCCAUCGCACUCCAAGAACAAGGAUCUCAUCAAUUCUCUAGUCGGUUAGAAACAAUUUUGUACAUUGAAACUGUUACAAUACAAUAAACUUGACAUUUCAACCGGAAAAUAUGGUCAAAAACUUGAAAAAUCCUCCAAAAUGAGCUCGAUACAUAAUUUAGUGAUCAGUUCUGUUAACUAUCAUCCUAUAAGUGUUACUCUACCAACGUUUGUAAAAAAUGUAUAUGAAAAAGAACAAUCCAAUAGAUUUAAAAUGUAUAUUCUAUGUAUAGAAUUGGUUUGAGAUUUGUAAUGAUUCCAGUAUUAUAAAUAGAUAUCUGACAUUUGUGUAAAGUGGAAACCUGUGUGUUUGUAAUCCUGUGUGAAUAAAUCAAUGAAUGAAUGAAUCUUUUGUGCCUAGCAUUCAUGAAUGGACUUGAGGAAGGAGAUUCUAGAUAUUGAAUAGGUUCUCAAAAAAAAUUUAGAUUUUGGAUGAAAGAGUGGUGUGUAGUCUACUAGUAUUAUUAUCAAUAUCAAUGUGAACGAUGUCUGUUAAAUAUGAAUAAAAUGAGGUUGACUUUUUCUA